GCUUUUGACAGUUCACUACACGCAGCAGACGGACUGAUAUUAUGUACUGUAGAACUGUACGAGUUACUUUAUUUCGAAUAUUGGAUAAAUCUUUUAUUGAAGAUUGAUAAUCUUGUGGGUUACAUUCGUCGUUAUAUUCUCCAAUUAAAUGGCGGCGCUUAGGCAUAGCUUACAACGAGAAUUGUUUUCGCCUGCCGAAGAGAGACUUGUUGGUUUGGUUCACGUUACUAGUGUAGGCAAGAAGAAAAAAGCAGUUCCUUGUUUUUUAUGUGUAGCUGUUACCGCAGAUCAAAGUAUUGGAGCGGUUAUAUACAAAGUGAAGAAAACCGAGAAAAAUAAUAUUUACAAAAAGAAAAGCAAUUGGCCCUUGAAAGAGCUUAAGGUUGUAGAUGGCAUUGAUGGAAACAAGGAGACUGCUGAAUUCAGCCUUCAUUUUGACAAGGUUUAUCAUUGGUCAGCAUCAAAUGUUCAAGAAAGACUUCUAUUAUUUUCCAUUCUGUGGAAACUCUGUUCAAAGUAUUUGCCAAAGCAAAGCCCAAUGUUUAACAACAUACCUCCAGGCAUUACUGAAGAUACUGUAAUACCAGAAGCAUCCACAGCACUAGACCAUGAAGUGAGUGGCAAUAUGGAUGGAGGUAUUGGUGAUGAGGAUUAUCAAGCUCUUACUGAUAGAGAAGAAAAAGACUUGGAGCGAUUAUUGUCACAGUCUGACAAUGCCUUGAGCAAUGCUGAAAAGUUUAUGGAACAACUAGCAAAGGACUUGUCUUUACUUGAUGGGGCCAAUAUUCAAAGUUUAAUGGGUUCUGAAGCCCAAGUGAUACAGUUGCUAAACCUCCUUGAAGCAGCUGAAAAUGAAGCAGCAUCAAUCGAAACAGAAUUGGACAAGUAUGAAAACAUCCUUCUCCAAGCUCGUGUAGCAAUGGCAACAGUAGGGGAAAAGAAUGUAUCGUUGGAAACUGCCAAUCGUAACAACCGCCUUCUUCUUAUGGAACUCAACAAUUUAGUUGCACAUCUUGAUAUCCCACAUGCCCAACAGGUCACGUUAAAUAACCCCGACUUAAACAGCCCAACAGGCCUUCAAAACGCUAUAUUAGCUGCGAAAUCGCUUCAGCGAGCUAUGAACGCUGAGUUGAAACCUGGAAUUGAGAAAAUGGUUGCCGUUCAAGACCAACGCCGCCAAUUAGAAAAAUGGCGGGCAAAGUUUACGCCCACAGUUACCCGUCAAUUGAACAAUCUCUUUAUUCACCUAAGCAAUGAUUCUGGAGAAACUAGCAGCCAAAGCUCUAGGAGUUCCAGCUCAUCCCAAACAACUGUUUCUUUAGCCAAGCACGGAAAACUGCAUUCCCAACUCCAAAUGUACGCCCCUUUAAUGCACUGGCUCAAAGCAACAGACCAUGGCUGCUACGAGAAAUUACUUGAAGUGUAUACGACUUCAAUAAGUAAAUUAUACGAAAGAGAUUUGCGCCAGUUCUUUGAUGAGGCUCGAUUGAAAGUGAUUGGACUUCGGGAGAGAAAACUCCGUGGAAGUGACUCGGGUUCAGAGGUUGGGGCCAGACAUUCCUUGUCCAUAAAGAAUCCAUCCGGAACUAGUGUUACCGCAGCAAGCCCUAGUGGGACAAUACAACAACCAAGUCAAAAUUUGCUAGGCAAUGAGAGAGAGCUUUGGACGGUUGAGGUUGACAUUCAUGAUAGGAAACGUUUAGAAGAUUUACUUGAAUGUGCGCUUGCGGAACUGGAACCUGUAUGUCUGGUGGAACAAGAAUUCUGUGUGGCAUUCUUCGCAUUGGAUCAUGGGGGCCACGAUGUGGAUGAGUCAUCAACAAGUCAGAAAACUCCAGAACGAUCAAUUAACGAGGAAGUGCGGAAAAUGAUGAGUGUUUUAUUUGCCGUCCUGGAACCUGAGCUUGUCAGCUUUCUUGCCACCUACGAGAAAGUAGAUAGCUUUUCUCCUUUAUAUGUUCUCGUGAGGCUGAGCCAGCAUGUGUUGUCUGCAACUGAUACUGGUUCUUUCCUCAGUGUUACCUUUGGCUCGUCGUUGGUUCACGUGAAACGAUCAUUCGAUCGAUUUUUCAUGACCCAACUUCGAUCGAUUGAAGAUUCUAGACAACCUAGAAAAUCAAAAUGCGGGAUUCUUCCUUUUAUUUCGAAUUUUGAGGAGUUUUCUGUGAUCAUUGAAAAUAUCUUUAAAAACUCGGAGCGACGUGUUGAUGUUGAUAAAUGGUACACACGUUUAGUUCGAGCCAUGUUUGACGUCAUACCAAAGAUUGCCGUUGAAAAUUCGAAAACUCCGGCUGAUAUCAUCAAAAUGGAAAAUUAUCAUCGGUUACAUGCCUUGUUAUCGCAAUUAAAAAUCGCUGUUCUUGAAGCGGAGAAGAAGGAGGCAAAGCAACGAUAUCAGGAAGCCCUUCAGUUGUAUGUUAUCCUCUAUUUUGGAAGGCCUUUGGAGAAGCUGAAUAUAUUUUUUGAUGGUGUGCAAGCAAAAGUUUCUCAAGGAGUUAAGGAGUCGGAAAUUGGAUACCAAAUGGCAUUUAGUAAACAAGAGCUUCGGAAAGUAAUUUCCAUUUACCCAGGAAGAGAAGUUAAAAAAGGCCUGGAAUCUCUGUACAAAAAAGUUGAAAAACAUCUCUCUGACGAAGGAAACUUGUUACAGGUUGUGUGGCGUGCCAUGCAAGAAGAAUUCAUCCGUCAGUAUAAGUCCCUCGAAGACAUGAUUCAGCGUUGCUAUCCGGGAUCACUGAUAACGUUAGAUUUUUCGAUGAGCGAUAUUCUUGAAUAUUUUUCAGAUAUAGCACGUUCUCACUAGUUUUAAAACGUAACUUGUUGAAACAUUUCGAAAUCGUAAAUAAGUCUAUAUAGGACACGGAUAUGGAGUUGUAUCAUUGACCAGAUUUUGAUGGGAAAUAUUAUGAACAGUGGAUUCGGUAUAGAUUUUUGACAUUGAAAAAUCAAUCAGCUUUGUCAUCUCAUGAAAAUCUCUUAAACUCGCUUUUUAAGAGGAGUUCACGUGAUGCCUUGUUGACUAUUCCUUAAAUAUACAUGCACACUUGUUGGAAAUAA